AUGGUUCUUGGAAAUGCAGGCAUCACGCGUCGGGCAGAAGAUCGCUCAAGAAGGUCGAUGGUAGCCUGUAACCGUUGCCGAUCUAGAAAAACUCGCUGCGCCGGCAAUCCACCCCACCCUUGCGCAGCAUGCGUGGAUGUGGGCAAGCAUUGCGUAUAUUCAGAGGCUGAAAAGCGAGUCUCCAUAACGGAAAGCUAUUAUCGUCAAUUACAAUCGCAAGCUCCUGCGUCACGAGAAGGUAGUCAUCCAACGCCGUCAAGUGAGCCAUCGGUAUCCAAUCGCUACUCUAAUGAGGGGCCAUCAGAACGCGACGACUGGUGGUACAAAGGGACGGACAAUCUAUUCUUGAAUCGGUCUGGAGAACAUCAUUUCGUGGGUGCCUCGUCCACCACACAUCUCGCGAAACGGCUCAAUCCCGGCUCCAAAAACCUUGCAUGGGAUGUGCGCCCACUUUAUGAUGACCCUUCAUCAUUAAGAAGACCGGUUGGUGGCUCAUUGCCUCAAUUACCACCUUUCGAGUUUGCCAAGCGACUCUUUUGGGUACAAUACGCUUACAUCGGUACAAUCUUCUCCCUUAUUCAACCCUUGGAGUUUGAAGAACGGCUCGAUCUAGUCUAUCACCAACCACUUAACUUUUCACAUCGUGAAUCUUGCCUAGUAUAUUGUCAGACACUGUUGGUUAUUUCCUUUGGCUUGAUGUACAGUGUGAACCAAUGGAUUGGCGAGGAAGGUCCUCCCGGCUUCAAGUAUUUUAAGCAUGCGUUACGUUUCUUGCCAGAUAUUCACGAAGAGGGCUCGAUUCUAUUCGUCGAGGUGCUAUGCUAUGUGGCAUACUAUAUGCAGAAUUUGAACAGGCGGGACGCAGCCUUCCUCUACAUCGGCCUUGCUCUGCGCAUGGCUAUCUCCCUAGGCCUACAUCAAGAGGUGUCUGAUCCCACAAUAAGUGAAUCCGAUCGCAACCGUCGACGUCGGGCUUGGUGGUCUGUCUACAGCUUGGACCGGCUACUCUCGGUCAAGUCUGGUAAUCCUAUCACGAUUCAAGAUGAAGACAUUGGGAUAACUUGGCCCACACCUGUGGGUGGAUCAACCUUCGAUCCAUGGCCAUCGACUGUUCUUACCCAUUAUACACAACUGUCCCGUAUAUUGGGGCGGAUUGGGGAAGAAAUUUACAGAAAGAAACCUGGAUCCGGAUCCAACCUCGUUGCUUCUGUGCAGAGUAUCACCAAUGACCUUUCUGGCUGGCUGCGACGGGUCCCAGAACGGCUCCGCAUCGAUCUUACUACCCUCGAUACCCAUAUCAACCGAGAGUCUGUCUCAAUCAACUUGCACUUCUACUCAUGUGUGAACAUGACUGCACGCCCGUUGGUCUUCUAUAUCAUUCAACGGCGACUUGAUGCGGAAGCCCUUGGAUCCGCAACGGAAGAUUGGAAAGAAGGGCUGGCUCCCAAUACUGUCGCCGUUAUUGACAGCUGCAUCACAGCCGCGCGAGCAACCACUGUGAUCAUGGAUGCAGCUGCAAAACAUAAUCUCAUUGCUACAUAUGGAUACCUCGAUGGUGAAUAUAUCUUCUCCGCUGCACUUCUACUGGUCAUGGUGAAUGCCGCGUUUCCGCCUAAUGAAACCAAUGCCCGGGCCAUGGAGACUGCACUGAACCUUCUUCGAGGUAUGGCAGAUCGGGGAAAUACAUAUUUGGACUCGCGUCACUCACUACUGUUGGAAUUACGGGCGGCCAUUGGACCUAGCCCCGCCGAAGAAAAGGAUACCGAUAUGACAAGUUCUCUUACUGCAGGCCAAAAGGGCCCUGUGACGCCAAUGACCGAAAACGGUGGAAAUACCUCGGACGAUAUUCCAGAUCCGAGUGCAGAGUUAGCAGCUUCACAAGUGCUUAGUUAUAACUGGCCACAACAGCCAGAUCUCCCUUCUUUCCGGGAUAUUGCCUUUCAGUUCGAUCUAAACGAUGAUCCGGCACUCUGGGAAGGGGCUUUAGAUCAAAUCGACAUUGAUAUGGACACUGACUGGAUCGAGAAUACUUUAAAGCGAUAA